CAAAUCCACUGUGCGAUCAUUCAGUGCUCACGCAUCUUGCGCCGUGCCAACCGUGCCAUGCUGAUCUUCCAGAUUGGCACCAACAACUGGCAGAGGCAAGGGGAGUUUGCUCCUGGCAGCGGCAUUCUCCAUGCGUCCUUCCAUGACAGCAUGAACAACAUGCCGGGCGUGAAGAGCUACUCCAUCUAUCCCAGCAAGAAGCAGACGAACCCUGAAGACGACCCGACCUUCCGAGUCUUUAAGAUUGAGCACGACAUCCCAAUCUGCGAAUCGGUGAGUCCCAACAGUUCUUACCGAUGGCACUCCAUGACAGAGGAGCAGUACGAUGCCUAUUUGAAGCGCUUGGAGAACGAGAUCUGCCAAUUCAUGGAUGAGGUUGAAGCGAAGGAGGGCAAGGAAUUCGAUUAUCUUAUCAGCCACCAUGCCUUCACCAACGCCAUGACGGCCGCGCAGAUCGUGGAAAGACGACACAAGGAGGGGAAGACCAAGCUGAAGCAUUUCAAUUUCGUUCACGGCACCGCAUUGAAGAUGUACAUCAAGGAGAAAGAGGGCGACCCCGAGUAUCCUAUGAGAUUUUUGACCAAGUGCCAGGGCAGUGGUGUCUUCGAUGGCUUGUCGAAAACUUCAGGCGUUUGGGUCAAUUCUGAGGACUACAUUGGAAAGUUUCUGGAUUGCUUCCCCAGCUAUCCCAAAGAGCGCUGCGUGUUUUCCCGCAUCGGCGUGAAUCAGAAGACCUUCUGCAACAAGGGCAGCACUGUGGCCGCAGAUCUCGCCAAGCACUUGCAGGAGGAGGAUCAGCCCAAGGUCGCCAGCAUGAAACGCCUGGUGACCUUCGUCGGGAAGUUCGCCGAUUGGAAGCGCCUGGAUGCCGUGCUCUAUGCAGCCAAGGAGUACGAGGGCAAAUUUCCAGACGUUGGCACCGCUAUUGUGGGCACCGGUCCGCCGGAUGCCGUCGAGAAGUAUCAGAGCAUGGCGAAGACCUUGGGCCUGGAGCGCACCGUCUUCCUGGGGCCAAAAGGACAGGACGUCCUGGCCGAGCUCUUUUCCAUGUCUGAGGUUGGCAUGUUCCCAUCUUACAAGGAGCCUUUCGGCAUGGUCUUCAUCGAAUGCAUGGCCUGUGGCACCCCCACCAUCGGCGCCAAGAGCGGUGGCCCCACGGAGUUCGUGAAACCGGAGCAGGGAGUACUGGUGGAAGAGGAAGCAGAUUGGCACACCGAAGAAGGUAUGAAGAGGUUGGGAGGAAAGGUGGCCACUGAAGUCAUCAAGGCCAUUGACGAGGACUGGAAGAAGACCAAAGGUCCUGGUUGCAUCGAUUUCGUGACCAAGAACUUUUCCACCGUGGCACAAGUUGAAGGCAUGCUUUCAAACAUGAAGGAAUGGUCAGCUUAGCCUUCAUGUGACAGCUUCUGACCUGACACCUGUGACAUCGGAUCGCCUCUGUUUGCCAAUAGCCAGCGGUGGUCCCCACAUGUGUCAGGGUAUGCCUGAAGAAUGUGGGAAUGCAAAACCCAUUUGUAGCCUAU